AGUUGAUGGUGAUGCUCUGCUUGCCAGUGUCGGCAGGCAGCAGCACUAUAGUGCGUAACAGACAGAAAGGAUGGCUGGAGCAUGGAGGUCAACGGUAAGCUCCAAGUUGUUGGUAUUUUGAGAAGCAGGGAUUUGUACCAACUAUACAAUCUAGCCAGCUAUAUCAUUUAUAACAUAUUGUAAUGUCGAGUGGCUGAGAGAAAGUCAGACAAGACGGGCACGUCGUUAAUGCCCUUCACCACUGCCUCCGACAGCUAGCCACCAACUGGCUAAACUGCUUUUUGAUAGCAUGUUAGAGAACUAGCUGGCUAGCUAAUACGUCAACGGUAUAACAAUACUAACGAGUAACUUGUCUAACUUUUAGCUAACUAAACGUCACACAGAAAAGUGCAUUUGUGUGAUGUAGUUUGCUAGCUAGGUAGUUAGCUUGCUAACCAUCCAAUAGAAGUAAAGGAGAGACUUGCUAGCUAGUGAGAUUAAAUGUCAGUUUGCACUAUCUAGCUAACGUUACUUACAUUUACAACCCAUUACAGAUACUAAACCUACUGGAAAAAAUGGGUUUACGGAUCACUGACAAGAAUAACAUUACCAAGUCUCAUGAAGUAAGCUUUACAUUGAUACCUAGCUAAUGUUAGCUAGCUUGCCCUAGCAAAGUUAGCUAACUUGCUAACACUUGCUUGCCAGUUCCCAAAAAGCGAAUCUGCAAUGGACAUUGUCUUUAUAAAUAAAUGCUACUAAAUGUGAUAUUUUGCGAGGACUGCUUCUGUUGAUAGCUAGCUAGCUAAGUAUUGAUGGGUAGGCUUGGCUUGCUCCAAUUUGCAGUACAAAUCUGGCCACAAGGUCACCUCAGUAUGGGGAGCAGCAGUAUGGCUUGGUAUAUCCCCUGUAGCUCAGUGGGUAGAGCAUGGCGCUUGCAACGCCAGGGUUGUGGGUUCGUUUCCCACGGGGGGGCAGUAUGAAAAUGAAUGCACUCACAAACUGUAAGUCGCUCUGGAUAAGAAAUGGAAAUGUUUUCUGAGACCCCCUCAGGCCCAAUGCUCAGGCCCCUGGCUUUUAAAUGUCAAGGUAGCACAGCCGUUCACUUAUUAAUCUGAUUGGGGAGUUAUUGUAGUUAUUGUCAUCCUUGAUUAACCGGCCAACUGCUAUUGUAUAGGCCAACUUCUAAACAAGUUGAUUUUGAAAUGACCUGGAUGUAGCUAGCUAGCCUAUUUAGGGAAACGAAUGCCCUGCUUCUUGGUGCAAAGUGACGUGGCCCCUCUAUUGCAAAAUGUCCUUCACAGAUCUGCUGUCCCUCUCCCACCCAACCAACUGUCUCCAUAGAUCCUCUCUCUAACCCUAACCCUAACCUCCUUCCAUCUCUGCACGUCCCCUAACAUGAUCCAUGUUCCCAAGUCAUUUACUCCACAGCCUUCUGUUUACAAGAUAACAUCAGAUAUACUGUAUUAGUCCAUGCCAGAUGGCUUUUAUAAUGUUUAUCUUCAAUACAGAGGCUAACUGAUUUAACCCACCAAGCAUCUUUGUAUUUGAACUGUGUAUCUAAGAUGUAACUGUGAUUGUUAUCCCUUUCCCCUUCUGUAGGUGUCACGGGUCAUGGGUGCCAUGAAGACCCAGACCCCUCAACCCAAAACCUUCUCCAGGGGUGUGAGUGUCUUUUACAGGACAGCGUUUUGUCCCAGGAUGGUUUGUCUUGUCUAGGUGUUACAGAGAGGCAACAACCGUCUAUUUGAACAAUGUUGUAGGCCUGUGUAUACAGAUAACCUAAGCCAAUUUGUACGUCCUUGGAAGUAGCAUAAUGGGUUUCCGUUUCUUCUCACAGAUCCAGACCGUGACUUUAAUCCCGGGGGAUGGGAUCGGUCCUGAGAUCUCCGCUGCUGUUAUGAAGAUAUUUGAAGCAGCUAAAGUAAGAAGCAAUGUUUGACUAUUUCUGUCUUAAUACUGACCAUGACAUGCUGUAGUAAGUGUCUGGGCCUUGCUCUCAGUUCUCUCUCUCUCUCUCUCUCUCUCUCUCUCUCUCUCUCUCUCUCUCUCUCUCUCUCUCUCUCUCUCUCUCUCUCUCUCUCUCUCUCUCUCUUUCUCCUCUCCCCCCCCCCCCCCCCCAGGCUCCUAUCCAGUGGGAGGAGAAGAACGUUACAGCCAUCAAGGGACCGGGGGGGAAGUGGAUGAUUCCUCCUGAAGCUAAAGAAUCCAUGGACCAGAACAAGAUCGGCCUGAAAGGUACCAACUGACCUCCUGUUCCCAAUAUAGACCAGGGCCAACACUGUGGUGUUGCACAGUAUACCCAAACUACUGCUAUACCUACUCAACUACUAACAUUAGGUAGCCCUAUUUUCAGAUGUGAGAUAUCACAAUCUGUUUCAAUAAUGACAUGAAUGGAGGAGGUCUUUAUUCCAGUGAGAAGGCGAACACCGCCAUGUAUUGUUUUGCUCAACCUAGAUCGAGGCACAGACACGGUCUCAAUGGGGAAAGCUGAGCUGACUACACUGACUGUGCUAGGGGCAGACUCCACUAAGCUGGCCGGCUGGCUAACAGCCUGCUGCCUGGCCUGCACCCUGUCUCAUUGGGCUGGCUAACAGCCUGCUGCCUGGCCUGCACCCUGUCUCAUUGGGCUGGUUAACAGCCUGCUGCCUGGCCUGCACCCUGUCUCAUUGGGCUGGCUAACAGCCUGCUGCCUGGCCUGCACCCUGUCUCAUUGGGGAGGCUAACAGCCUGCUGCCUGGCCUGCACCCUGUCUCAUUGGGGAGGCUAACAGCCUGCUGCCUGGCCUGCACCCUGUCUCAUUGGGCUGGCUAACAGCCUGCUGCCUGGCCUGCACCCUGUCUCAUUGGGCUGGCUAACAGCCUGCUGCCUGGCCUGCACCCUGUCUCAUUGGGCUGGCUAACAGCCUGCUGCCUGGCCUGCACCCUGUCUCAUUGGGGAGGCUAACAGCCUGCUGCCUGGCCUGCACCCUGUCUCAUUGGGCUGGCUAACAGCCUGCUGCCUGGCCUGCACCCUGUCUCAUUGGGCUGGCUAACAGCCUGCUGCCUGGCCUGCACCCUGUCUCAUUGGGGAGGCUAACAGCCUGCUGCCUGGCCUGCACCCUGUCUCAUUGGGCUGGCUAACAGCCUGCUGCCUGGCCUGCACCCUGUCUCAUUGGGGAGGCUAACAGCCUGCUGCCUGGCCUGCACCCUGUCUCAUUGGGCUGGCUAACAGCCUGCUGCCUGGCCUGCAACCCUGUCUCAUUGGGCUGGCUAACAGCCUGCUGCUGGCCUGCACCCUGUCUCAUUGGGGAGGCUAACAGCCUGCUGCCUGGCCUGCACCCUGUCUCAUUGGGGAGGCUAACAGCCUGCUGCCUGGCCUGCACCCUGUCUCAUUGGGCUGGCUAACAGCCUGCUGCCUGGCCUGCACCCUGUCUCAUUGGGAAGGCUAACAGCCUGCUGCCUGGCCUGCACCCUGUCUCAUUGGGGAGGCUAACAGCCUGCUGCCUGGCCUGCACCCUGUCUCAUUGGGCUGGCUAACAGCCUGCUGCCUGGCCUGCACCCUGUCUCAUUGGGGAGGCUAACAGCCUGCUGCCUGGCCUGCACCCUGUCUCAUUGGGGAGGCUAACAGCCUGCUGCCUGGCCUGCACCCUGUCUCAUUGGGGAGGCUAACAGCCUGCUGCCUGGCCUGCACCCUGUCUCAUUGGGGAGGCUAACAGCCUGCUGCCUGGCCUGCACCCUGUCUCAUUGGGGAGGCUAACAGCCUGCUGCCUGGCCUGCACCCUGUCUCAUUGGGCUGGCUAACAGCCUGCUGCCUGGCCUGCACCCUGUCUCAUUGGGGAGGCUAACAGCCUGCUGCCUGGCCUGCACCCUGUCUCAUUGGGGAGGCUAACAGCCUGCUGCCUGGCCUGCACCCUGUCUCAUUGGGGAGGCUAACAGCCUGCUGCCUGGCCUGCACCCUGUCUCAUUGGGCUGGCUAACAGCCUGCUGCCUGGCCUGCACCCUGUCUCAUUGGGGAGGCUAACAGCCUGCUGCCUGGCCUGCAACCCUGUCUCAUUGGGCUGGCUAACAGCCUGCUGCCUGGCCUGCACCCUGUCUCAUUGGGCUGGCUAACAGCCUGCUGCCUGGCCUGCACCCUGUCUCAUUGGGGAGGCUAACAGCCUGCUGCCUGGCCUGCACCCUGUCUCAUUGGGCUGGCUAACAGCCUGCUGCCUGGCCUGCACCCUGUCUCAUUGGGCUGGCUAACAGCCUGCUGCUGGCCUGCACCCUGUCUCAUUGGGCUGGCUAACAGCCUGCUGCUGGCCUGCACCCUGUCUCAUUGGGGAGGCUAACAGCCUGCUGCCUGGCCUGCACCCUGUCUCAUUGGGGAGGCUAACAGCCUGCUGCCUGGCCUGCACCCUGUCUCAUUGGGGAGGCUAACAGCCUGCUGCCUGGCCUGCACCCUGUCUCAUUGGGGAGGCUAACAGCCUGCUGCCUGGCCUGCACCCUGUCUCAUUGGGGAGGCUAACAGCCUGCUGCCUGGCCUGCACCCUGUCUCAUUGGGGAGGCUAACAGCCUGCUGCCUGGCCUGCACCCUGUCUCAUUGGGGAGGCUAACAGCCUGCUGCCUGGCCUGCACCCUGUCUCAUUGGGCUGGCUAACAGCCUGCUGCCUGGCCUGCACCCUGUCUCAUUGGGGAGGCUAACAGCCUGCUGCCUGGCCUGCACCCUGUCUCAUUGGGGAGGCUAACAGCCUGCUGCCUGGCCUGCACCCUGUCUCAUUGGGGAGGCUAACAGCCUGCUGCCUGGCCUGCACCCUGUCUCAUUGGGGAGGCUAACAGCCUGCUGCCUGGCCUGCACCCUGUCUCAUUGGGGAGGCUAACAGCCUGCUGCCUGGCCUGCACCCUGUCUCAUUGGGGAGCUAGAGGAGUUAGAGCCCUGGUAGAUACGAUGAGAGCACCCCUCCAACUAGGAUGUGUAACCCUAACCCUAACCCUAACCCCAUACAGGCUAGAACACCUUUACAAGACGAUACCGGUAGCUUCCAUCUUUAAUUUUAGGCUAACUUUCCUGCUAGCGUUCCUGCUUGCUAGCUGACAGCAGAAUUCACUACCCUAGUACUUUGUUUGUGAUAUGCAAACCAUAACGCAAAAUAUGCUGAUUUCAAAGCUGAUUGUCACCAAAAACUUUAUUCAUUCACUUCGUCUCCCUCGCCACCAAAAACGAAUUCUCUAGAUUCCAUAAUCACAAAGUCAGGUUCUUGUGAAUGACAUCAUUAGUUUCUUAAAGAGAGCACCCCCUUUUUUUAAAUUAAGAGAUUGCUUCUUCAAAUCAAAUCUAAUCUAAUUUUAUUUGACACAUGCGCCGAAUACAACAGGUGUAGACAUUACAGUGAAAUGCUUACUGACAAGCCCUUAACCAACAAUGCAGUUUUUAAGAAAAUAUAAAAAAGUGUUAAGUAAAAAAUAGGAAAUAAUUAAAGAGCAGCAGUAAAAUAAAAUAACAGUAGGGAGGCUAUAUACAGGGGGCACCGGUACAGAGUCAAUGUGUAAUAACAGUAGGGAGGCUAUAUACAGGGGGUACCGGUACAGAGUCAAUGUGUAAUAACAGUAGGGAGGCUAUAUACAGGGGGGUACCGGUACAGAGUCAAUGUGAAAUAACAGUAGGGAGGCUAUAUACAGGGGGUACCGGUACAGAGUCAAUGGGAAAUAACAGUAGGGAGGCUAUAUACAGGGGGUACCGGUACAGAGUCAAUGGGAAAUAACAGUAGGGAGGCUAUAUACAGGGGGUACCGGUACAGAGUCAAUGGGAAAUAACAGUAGGGAGGCUAUAUACAGGGGGUACCGGUACAGAGUCAAUGGGAAAUAACAGUAGGGAGGCUAUAUACAGGGGGUACCGGUACAGAGUCAAUGUGUAAUAACAGUAGGGAGGCUAUAUACAGCGGGUACCGGUACAGAGUCAAUGGGAAAUAACAGUAGGGAGGCUAUAUACAGGGGGUACCGGUACAGAGUCAAUGUGAAAUAACAGUAGGGAGGCUAUAUACAGGGGUACCGGAACAGAGUCAAUAUGCGGGGCACCGGUUAGUCGAGGUAAUUGAGGUAAUAAUUAUGCAAAUGUUGCUGAUCAGUACAUUAAAAUAAUAUGUUCUCCUGCCAGUUCUGAUUGGCUGGGAUUGUUUGUCAUCUGAAAUCAGCCAUAACAAGCUCUAUAACGCAAUGCAUCCACACUCCUAUUGAAUUACAUUCACCUGUAUUGUGGACCUAGGCUACUUCCUGAUUUACCCAGUUUAUCAAUAGAGAUUUACCAUUCAAAUAAAUGAUUACCAUUAUGUUAUGUAGUUUUGAUUGGUAAAACAAACAAGUCAAAUUGAUUGUAAGAUUGAUUCAUCAAUGCAUACAUGGCUGUUUUUUUUACAUAGAAAUGUUCAAAUGUAAUGAUAUUGAACUGAAAAGAUCCCCAUUGAUUGAACAGAGCAGUAACUGGGUGUAUCAGUCUAGAUCAAGUCACUGGCUAAGACGCCUUUUUUUAGUUUUGGUAUCGUUUUGGUAUCGUUUUGGUAUUUUUAAUAUUGUGAUGGUAUAGAGUAUCGUGAUACUAAACCUGAUUCAAAAUUCUGGUAUCGUGACAACACUAGUGCACUAUAUAGGGAAGCCCUGGUCAAAACUAGUGCACUAUAUAGGGAAGCCCUGGUCACAACUAUUGCACUAUAUAGGGAAGCCCUGGUAAACACUAGUGCACUAUAUAGGGAAGCCCUGGUCAACACUAGUGCACUAUAUAGGGAAGCCCUGGUCAAAACUAGUGCACUAUAUAGGGAAUCCCUGGUCACAACUAGUGCACUAUAUAGGGAAGCCCUGGUCAACACUAGUGCACUAUAUAGGGAAGCCCUGGUCAACACUAGUGCACUAUAUAGGGAAGCCCUGGUCAAAACUAGUGCACUAUAUAGGGAAGCCCUGGUCAACACUAGUGCACUAUAUAGGGAAGCCCUGGUCAAAACUAGUGCACUAUAUAGGGAAGCCCUGGUCACAACUAGUGCACUAUAUAGGGAAGCCCUGGUCAACACUAGUGCACUAUAUAGGGAAGCCCUGGUCAACACUAGUGCACUAUAUAGGGAAGCCCUGGUCAAAACUAGUGCACUAUAUAGGGAAGCCCUGGUCACAACUAGUGCACUAUAUAGGGAAGCCCUGGUCAACACUAGUGCACUAUAUAGGGAAGCCCUGGUCAACACUAGUGCACUAUAUAGGGAAGCCCUGGUCAACACUAGUGCACUAUAUAGGGAAGCCCUGGUUACAACUAGUGCACUAUAUAGGGAAUCCCUGGUCAACACUAGUGCACUAUAUAGGGAAGCCCUGGUCAACACUAGUGUACUAUAUAGGGAAGCCCUGGUCAACACUAGUGCACUAUAUAGGGAAGCCCUGGUCAACACUAGUGCACUAUAUAGGGAAGCCCUGGUCAACACUAGUGCACUAUAUAGGAAGCCCUGGUCAAAACUAGUGCACUAUAUAGGGAAGCCCUGGUCAAAACUAGUGCACUAUAUAGGGAAGCCCUGGUCACAACUAGUGCACUAUAUAGGGAAGCCCUGGUCAACACUAGUGCACUAUAUAGGGAAGCCCUGGUCAAAACUAGUGCACUAUAUAGGGAAGACCUGGUCAACACUAGUGCACUAUAUAGGGAAGCCCUGGUCAAAACUAGUGCACUAUAUAGGGAAGCCCUGGUUACAACUAGUGCACUAUAUAGGGAAUCCCUGGUCAACAAUAGUGCACUAUAUAGGGAAGCCCUGGUCAACACUAGUGUACUAUAUAGGGAAGCCCUGGUCAACACUAGUGCACUAUAUAGGGAAGCCCUGGUCAACACUAGUGCACUAUAUAGGGAAGCCCUGGUCAACACUAGUGCACUAUAUAGGGAAGCCCUGGUCAAAACUAGUGCACUAUAUAGGGAAGCCCUGGUCAAAACUAGUGCACUAUAUAGGGAAGCCCUGGUCACAACUAGUGCACUAUAUAGGGAAGCCCUGGUCAACACUAGUGCACUAUAUAGGGAAGCCCUGGUCAAAACUAGUGCACUAUAUAGGGAAGCCCUGGUCAACACUAGUGCACUAUAUAGGGAAGCCCUGGUCAACACUAGUGCACUAUAUAGGGAAGCCCUGGUCAACACUAGUGCACUAUAUAGGGAAGCCCUGGUCAACACUAGUGCACUAUAUAGGGAAGCCCUGGUCAACACUAGUGCACUAUAUAGGGAAGCCCUGGUCAACACUAGUGAACUAUAUAGGAAAGCCCUGGUCAACACUAGUGCACUAUAUAGGGAAGCCCUGGUCAAAACUAGUGCACUAUAUAGGGAAGCCCUGGUCAACACUAGUGCACUAUAUAGGGAAGCCCUGGUCAACACUAGUGCACUAUAUAGGGAAGCCCUGGUCAACACUAGUGCACUAUAUAGGGAAGCCCUGGUCAACACUAGUGCACUAUAUAGGGAAGCCCUGGUCAACACUAGUGCACUAUAUAGGGAAGCCCUGGUCAACACUAGUGCACUAUAUAGGGAAUAGGGUGCAUCCCUGGUGGUCAGGUGCCAGGUGUUUGACCUCUAGUUGACCCGCAGGCCCUCUGAAGACGCCCAUCGCGGCCGGCCACCCCUCAAUGAACCUGCUGCUGAGGAAGACCUUUGACCUGUAUGCC